AUGUCUACUCCUACUUCUCUCCCCACAACGCACGCCGCCAUCGCCACCACUGCCAAAGCCGUCCUCUCCACCAUCCAAGUCCCCACUCUCGUCCCAGGCGCUGAAGGCGUGGUCAUCAAAGUAUCCUACGCCUCUCUCGUUGCGUUGGACACCUAUUUCCUCGAUAGCGCGUUCUUGAUCCAGCAGUAUCCUGUUACGCUUGGGUUUAAUGCGUCGGGGACCGUGGCGGCUGUGGGCGAGGGUGUGAAGGGAUUGAAGGUUGGAGACAGGGUCACGGCCUUCACCUACGGCCCCUCCACCCGCAAGGCUUUGCAAGAGUACACCAUCCUCCCAUACACCUUUGUCGCCAAAAUACCCGCCUCGCUCCCUCUCGAGGCAGCUGCGACCAUCCCCGAUAAUUUCGUCACGGCGUACUACACUUUGUUCGACCAGCUGGGACUUCCGAUUCCGAAGACUUUGGGGUUGGCGGACAAGGUGGAGGAGAAACCUGAGCAGGCUGACACUCCCAUCUUGGUUUAUGGCGCUGGGACGACGAGUGGACAAUAUGCCGUCCAAAUUCUCCAUGCCGCAGGAUAUAAAAACAUCAUUACGACCUCCUCCGAGCGUCACCAUUCCUACCUCAAAUCGCUCGGCGCGACCCAUACCUUCUCCUACACCUCCCCCACCCUCACCACCGACAUCCUCCGCAUCGCCCCCGGAAAAAUCCACUAUGCCAUCGACUCCGUCUCCGCCUCUUCCACCAUUUCUGCUAUCAAUGAAGUCUUGGCCCCCGGUGGUGCCGUGGCGCUACUGCUUCCCAUCAAGAAGGGCGACAAAGUGACGCCUGAUUCGAAGGGUGAACUGCAGGAGAGGUUUUAUAUGGAGUUGCCGGAGGACUUGAAGGUUGGGGCAUUGGGACCGGAGGGUGGAGCGAAGGCGGUGGGCGUCAGGACCUUUUAUUAUCAUGAGAAUGACUUCAUGCGACUCAACCUCAUGCCCAGGAUCCUCCCUUCGCUCCUCGAAUCCGGCGUCAUCCAGCCCAACCGCCUUCGCCUGCUCGACGAGUCUGUGCAUGAGACUUUGCAAGGCAGGGUCGAGGUCGGGUUGGAUUUGUUGAGGAAUAACAAGAUCAGCGGAGAGAAGGUCAUCGUGAAGGUUGCUGCAUAAUGUCGAGACCAGCUGUGGUAUCUAGUUGUACAAGAAUAGUUCAAGAAUAUUUAUUUGUCAC